AUGCCUUUUACACGCACAUCUUCUCGCCGCUCUCGGCCUAGGGCAAACAACCAGACUCCCACUUUGCGCCGCGAAGACGCUGAAGUGGUUUACGAGAAUGUCGACGACGUCGACCUAUUUGGGGGGGUCGACAUCGACCAAAUUCUCGAUUUCCUUGGUCAAGAAGAACCAACCCCGCCCCCCAAGUCGCUCCUGCCACCCACCUGCGCCAAUGAGAUGAUCAUAGAGUCGACACCUUCCGAGAGGCUCCCAACGUAUGAGGAGGCGAACAAGGAGCAAGAAAAGGAGAAGAGAAACGACGGAGAAGGUACCUCUAUUCCCUCCCCGCUCUCAGUAGGAAAAUCUGAGCACGCCAGUGAUGCAAUCAAGUUGGGCGCAACAAUGUCAUCUCCAUCGAACACCCCCCUCGACAUCCAGCUACGCAACAUUCACUCUCCCGACCUCCAACGACAAGACGCCCCAGCCAGGUCCACCACGAUUCUCGAAGAAAUCGCCGCCGAAGUCGAAGCAGCCAGGUGGGCGGCACUCCCCAUCCAAUACACGGGGCUACUCGAGGCAAACGACCCAGAGGGCAACAUGGCUCGCCAGCUAGAUUUUCUUAAUGCUCUCGCCGGCGCCGAUGAUGCUUUGUUUGAGUCAAUCUACCAUCACGUUAUGGAUCAGAUUUUGAGAAACCGCGCCUCGUUCCAGUACUACCGCGAUAACUCGCCGCCGCCGUACACGACUCAUCCGACAAAGGGCGAGAUCACCAUCGAGAUGUCUCCGGAGGUGGUUCUGCCGGAGUACCUACCUCCUUACACUCCGUUUGGGCAAGGUCAAAACCGGGAACGCGAGGAUGCAGACAAAGAGGAAGAGGAAGACGACGGGGAGAACCGUGAAAGCGUCGUCCAUGAAGUGGCCGCUGCAAAUCUGGAACUAACAAUCCCCUUUCUGUGCGGCCGGCGUAUCCCACUCUGUACUGUUCUAGAGUACUUGCCGGUAGUUGUUGCCCUUGUUCUCAGCCCUUACCUUUAUCCCCAAGAUCCUCUCUUGUUCGUCAGCUUCGUGUUAGUUACCCGCCUGGUGGGCUUCCUAUUCGAAAAGAUCAAGGAAAGUGAAGUCACGGAGUUUGACUUGAUGCAAGCGGGCUUUUACCACGACCCUUGUUGCUCUACCGAACCCAAUGCCUGCCCGAUUGCGCUGCCCCGAACGUAG